CCUAAAAACCCUCCCAUCCCUCCCCACCUAUACCGGAUCUGCUAACAAAACAUAGAUAUAAAUACAUCUUAUAUUCAUGUAUCUGUAAAUACAAAACACAGGUUUGUGUACAAAGAACCAUUAUUUGACCAUUAGACAAAGUUAUCUGCUGGAGUUUUUUCCAUGUAAGAUAAAAAUGGCUGCCAGAUGUCAAAGAAUUAUUUCAGUUUUUUUUUUUUAAUCAUAGCCUGAGACUACACAGGAGUAAUUACUCAUCUUGAAAAUUUGACACACUUAAACAUUAGUUUUGAUUUCUUUUUCUUUUGUYUUCCAGUGAACUUGAAGCAAUGGAYAGUGCCUCYGACCGAAUUCUGCUUGAACCCUAUAAGUACCUGUUACAACUGCCAGGAAAACAAGUGAGGACGAAGCUCUCCCAAGCAUUUAACCACUGGCUCAAUGUCCCAGAAGACAAACUGCAGGUGAUCAUAGAGGUGACAGAAAUGCUCCACAACGCCAGCCUGCUGAUCGACGACAUCGAGGACAGCUCCAAGCUGCGCCGAGGCUUCCCCGUGGCGCACAGCAUCUACGGCGUCCCCUCCGUCAUCAACUCCGCCAACUACGUCUACUUCCUGGGUCUGGAGAAGGUGCUGGUGCUGGAGCACCCCGAGGCCGUGCGCGUCUUCACCCGCCAGCUGCUGGAGCUGCACCGCGGCCAGGGCCUGGACAUCCACUGGAGGGACACCUACACCUGUCCCACAGAGGAGGAGUACCGCCACAUGGUGCUGCAGAAGACGGGCGGGCUCUUCGGCCUGGCCGUGGGCCUCAUGCAGCUCUUCUCCGACUGGAAGCAGGACCUGAAGCCCCUCCUGGACACGCUGGGCCUCUUCUUCCAGAUCCGUGACGACUACGCCAACCUGAGCUCCCGCGAGUACAGCGAGAACAAAAGCUACUGCGAAGACCUGACCGAGGGCAAGUUCUCCUUCCCCACCAUUCACGCCAUCUGGUCGCAGCCGGACAGCACCCAGGUGCAGAACAUCCUGCGGCAGCGCACCGAGAACAUGGACAUCAAACGUUACUGCGUGGACUACCUGGAGAAGGUGGGCUCGUUCGCGUACACCCGUCAGACCCUGCGGGACCUGGAGGCCGAGGCGUACCGGCUCAUCCGGGGGUUCGGAGGGAACCCGCAGCUGGAGAGCCUCAUCAAACACCUGAGCCAGAUGCACCGCGAGGCCGAGGCUGCGGCAGGGUCCAGGGAGGGAGCAGAACCCGGUCAGAACCACUGACCUCCACCUGCUCUUGAUGGCUGAAGCUCUGCUCACAAACACUCCUGGAGUUCACCUCAGCAGCUGGGAGGUGGAGCUUCAAGGACCGGGUUUCAACGAACUGAAUCUCCUCUGAUGUCACUGCCCUGCAUGUUUUACCUGCUYCUCUGCUCCAACACACCUGAUUCAGGGACUGAAUGACCUCCUCAGGUUCUGCAGAAGCCUGUGARUCACCUGUUCAUUAAAUCAGAUGUUGGAGCAGAGAAACAUCUAAAACCACCCUUCAGCCUGAGUGGUUUCAGGUGGUCUCCUCAGCUCUGUCCACCAUCCAUACCUCAUUCUGAUCAACACGGGGUCGCAUUUCUUCUUGCAUCCGUGCCCUGAGAGGUUGUCUACAGCUUUACGAAGCUUAUUCUGUGUAAUAAUYAGCUGAGCUCAGGAACUUGGAGAUGGUUUUACAUUUUUAAGGUGGACCUCUGUAAUCUGCUCUCAGCUGUAGGUUCAGUUUGGUCACACAAAAAAAAAAAGCUUUUUACUGACAAAUGAAGCACUGGUUCUAAAUGUACCUGUUUCUCCAGUUUGUUUUUCCUGUGUUUAAAAUCAUUUUCAGAUGAUUUAGUCACCAGAGUGCCGAUCUAGAUUGCUGCUGGCGUUGAGCGCUGAUGCAGUUUUCGUACUGUAUUCUUUUAUUUAUUUUUAACGCAGCUCUUCGAAAAUCACAUUUUCCGAUCAUUAAAGUGUUUUUGUUGACACCGCUGUGAAAAAAAUUGAGUUGACUAAAUUAAAAAAAUAUUUAAAGAC